UAGCAGAGCAAAGCAGAGUUAAGGGUGAUACUGUGACCUAACCUAAAUUAUAAAUGACAAAUGUUUGUUUUUAGAUGAAUUUUUGGAAAUAUUUUUCAAUAUUUGGCUUUUGUUGGAGAAAAAUGUUACUUUAAUUGUGUUUCACAAUUUUGUCAUAAAAUAUCUGGCCAACAUUUGGCCCAAAACAGAAAUGUUCGACGAUAAUCCCGAUUAAAAAUUUCGAUUUUUAUACUUGAUAUGUUAAAUCAAUACUGGCAUGUUGACUAUUCUAUUUAAAUCAAACCUCUCCUGUAUUUAGAAACACACCCUGAAAUUACGUCAACUAUUUGGGGACCAGUUUCAUUCUUUUGAUAUAGGAGGAUUAUCAUUAGUGCAUUAAAUUUGAAAAUCCUGUAUUCAUUAUGGUACGGGUAAUAUCUGUCCACCACUUUGCUAAUCAAAACAUCCAAGUUCUUGAACAACCUACAGCUUGUACAAUUGCCCCACCAAAUCGUCUACUGUCUGCUCUGCUGAGUAACUGUGUCGAAGUUAGAGAUCUAAGUAAUGAAUCGGAAGUCAUGUUUUCUUUCCCUACGGUGGAUGAAGUUAUUCAGAUUGUACAUUGUUUGAACGGUGAUUAUGUGGCUACUCUUGAGACAAAAUUUAAUCGUCAGAACAAAGAAAUCAAUUUUGUACGAAUUUAUAUCAAUUGGGACAGUGUAGCAACUUUGCAACAAUCAAAAAUGACCAGUAGCGGUAUUAGCCUGGGGUCUUCCGAAUGUGGCAUGGUUCAGCCAAUGAGAGCAAGAAUUGCAGGCAGAGUGACCCCAACCACUAAUCAGUCUGAAUUAGGAAGCCUUGAGAUGGUUGAAAUACCUGUGAAACGAAAUCCAAAAUUUAUUGAUUGUUGUCAGACUUCUGGUAAUCUUUUGAUUCUUUCAAAUACAGUCAUCAAUUUGUACUCAUUUCAAAUCAAAACUCAUGAUAUAUCAAAGAUGAGAUUUAUUGAUUUUGAAGAACUACCUCUUCUCAUAGAACUAUCAUUCAGCCCCUUUCAUAUUGCUUUUUGUGAAAACUACAUAGCCUGUAUGAAUAAGGACACUUUACAUUUCUUCAAAAUAAUAGAACACCAGGGACAAGAUAAUGAAGAACUGAACAGCAGUAAUGAAACUGAAUUCAAUUUUAUUCAUUCCAUUGACGGACCAAUAGAUUAUAAAAAAAUAUUGACAGAGGAAAAACUGAAUUCCAGUCGUGACAAAGUAACUGUUAAUCUUCCUACAAUAGUAAAAGAAAAUAGUUUGAUUCACAAAAGUAGCCCAUUCACUUAUAGCGAUAAGGAUGUUAAAUCCACAAUCAGGCUGAGUUCACCUUUGGAAAAUAAGUUCCAGAAUUAUAAAAUUGAAAAUUUAAUACAACUAAAACUUAUUCCAAUACUGAUUGAAAGUGCACAGAGACAGGUGACGGAAGAAUUUAAAAGCAUGAUAUUGAAACCUUUAUAUAUCGACCAAAGUUUGAACAGAACAACUGAAAAAUCUACCAAUCAUGUAUUAAGAAGCAACUUUAGUAAAUGUCUGAACAGCGUCUUGUGCAUUAUUGCAACUCAGCAAGAAGGAUACUUGUACCAUUUUGAUGAUAUUGAACCUUGUAUCGAUAGAGAUAAUUGUCUGGCAAUAUAUCCAUUCACAGCCCCUGUAUUCAAGUUAGUUAUGGAAGAUCAUUUUCUACAUGCUCUCACUGAAACAGGAUUAGAAUCGUAUACAUUGAGAUAUGGUCAUCAGAUGUGCAGAAAUUUCGAUACUGUGGAUGAUAUCAAUGUGGCUUGCCCUUCCAUAACCGACUCUAUUUGCCUGGUGGGCCUGAGACCAUUCUUGGGUGUAGAACAAAUUUUAUUAUCUGAAAAUUAUAUGGUUCUUUUAGCAAAUUCUGAAACCUCACCUGCUCAUUCAGCCAGCUCAAAUAGUAGUUCAAAUGUGUCAUUCCUGACUUUGUACAACCUGGAGUUGCCCUCUCCAAAGAUGGUGUUCAAUGACAUUUCAAUUGUGGCGAAUGUUCAUAGAUUUACGUCAGUUCAGACAUAUUGUCAGUUGAUGAGUGAGGCUCAUAUGGUGUUACGAAUGGUUUUACUCCUUAAAAAAUGGACAAUGAGCGAUGAAAAUGUGAGAUUGAUUUUACCGAGCAAUACCAAAAAUGAUGAUGUGAUAGAAACUUAUAGAAUAUCAUGUGCUCUUUUAGGAGAUCAUUAUAUAAUGUGUAAUAAUGAAGAUGAAUACAGUCUUGCUAUUCCCUAUUAUAAAAUGGCCAGAAUCUUACCUAUCGAGGUUUUAAAAAGAGUGAAAAAAAUACAAGAACAAUCGGGAAACCAGUCUACAAAAGGUUUGAUGCAUUAUUUGAAGAAAAUUUUGUUGGAAGUUAAAGUAGGUUCUGAUGCCGACAAAAUAUUUGGUACAAACUCUAAAGAAAAUUUAUCUGAAUCGAUUUUGGAUUUACUGGAAAACCACUGUUAUCGAGAUCUGCCGAAUUUGAUAUUGAAAAGUAAAAUAAUUAGGGAAUAUUCAACUGAUAAGUUGAUUUCCAUUCUAACUGAGAAACUUUCAGAAGAUUUUCCAAAAAUAGUUGAAAAGCAUUUAGCGUUAACAAUUUUAUACAUACAGAAAUGUAAUAUGAAUAAAGCGCGGGAGUAUUUAGAAAAAAUAUCCAAAGAUUGUAUUUAUAACCUCGUUCUGGAGAACUACGACCUUCUUUUUGAAACAACAUAUUCUGUGAAGAAUCGAAACAAGGGUGUAAUGACUUUUUCCGAACUGACUAUUUUGCUUAUAAGUGUCUGCCCAGAGUUAUUGUCCUCUAUUUUCGUUUCUCUAAUGAUCAACAAAAAAGUUAUCAAUCUGAAUAGAAUCAUCAAGGUAUUUCUGGAAUAUCUUCCAUCCAGCAUUAGCAAUGACAGCAAUUCAGCAAGCUUGGUCCUUCAAAAAACACUAGAAACAUAUUUUGAACAGUAUUUUUCGAAGCCUGAAAACAUUGAUUUGAGUAAAAUUAUAUAUGAGAGAGGGGCAUGUGAAGCCAUGAAACUUUUGGUGAGAUCAUACUUAUCGCAAUUACAAAUCCUUCAGUUGCGUGAAGAAAGCAUGAAAAAAGAGGGGAACAGUUUUAGCCACAAUAACAAAGAAGAUAAAGAUGUAUUCGAAGAUGGAAAUGAUGAUAAUAAUAAGGACCGACAUCAAGAAAAACUAGGGUAUAAUCGAAUAAACCAAACGUACUUCGAAGAACAGAUCAAGAAACAUGAAGGUUCAUAUUUAUUCUCUAGUCUUCGGUAUGAAUAUUUAGACAAAAUGCAACCAUUCCAAUUGGAAAUAUGCUCAAAGCUUUACGAAGCUUGUAUUGAUAACUAUCCUGUCACAGCACAGUGUUCAGCAAAUGAAGAGGCUGAUCUUAUAUUGAAAAAGUUACAGGCUCUGUUGUGCAGCCAAGUUGUUCCAAAACAAGUUAUUACAGAGGUGAAUGGUUACCUUUCUGUCAAUGAAAAUUUGAGAGGCAACGAAAGUUUGCAGUCAAUUAUUAUGGGUACCAACGAUGCUAUUUUAUUACUUAUUGAUGCGUGUCCACAGUGCCUCCUUCAGUUUGGAAAGGACCGUUUCAGUAGAACAGAUGAAUGGAAACUUUUGAUAGCAACUGUACAGAGAAGAAUCUUGAAGUUAUCUCAGAAUGUGAACCUGAAAAGAGUGUGUUUUUUCCAUAAGAAGAUUCUUAAAGAUAUUUUGACCUAUGUAGCUUCAAAUAUGACACUUGAUCAACUUGUUCAAGUCUUUCCUCAACGAUUUAGUGUGAAUAAUCAAGAUAACACUAGUGACAUAUCACUACCUAUUGAUCGUCACAUUACGACUGAAACAACUUGCACCGAGGAUGAUUUGGAUCUUCUGAAAGAAAUUCAAAACUAUGAGCCGUACGUUAUCAUAUGCAAAGAAACGAUGCAUGCUAAUCAAAUAAACAAGCUAAUAAUUACAACUGGACAGCAAUUGUUAUGUUCUUUGAACCUGUAAAAUGAUUAUCUUAGUGUCGGUUCAGAAAGUGUUUUCACUUAGUUAAUUGACUUUAUUUAUUCAUUACACGACCUCAGAUUUAAUACAUAACAUAUAUAUG